AUGGCAAAAAAAAAUAAAAAAAAAAUUGAUGAAUCCUCAAGAAAUGAUGAAGAAUAUAAAUCUGAAAGAAGUGUAGAUACAGAAGAAAAUAAAAAUAGUAAAAUAAAUGGAUUAAAAAUAAAUUCAGAAAAAGUAUUAGAUCAAGAUUUUAAUAGUUUUAUAAAUAAUGAAUUUUUAGAUAUUUCAGUAUCUCCUUCCCUCGAUUUAUCACAGAGUAACAUUAUGAGCAUUAAACAUGGAAAAUAUAAUAACUAUUUGAAUGAUUUUAAUUUAACAAAUAAAACAUAUGAAAACAUAAAUGAAAAUGAUGAUAUAAAUUAUAAUAAUGCAAAUUCAUAUAUACAAAGUAAACAAAUGAAUAAGAAAAACAAACUCGAUGUAGAUACACAAUCUGAAACAAUAGAAAAUAAUAAUUUUGAAAAAAAUAAAAAUAAAAAUGAGAAUAGUGAAGGAUAUAGUACAGAUGCUUCAAAUAAUGAGGGCCAAAAAAAUGAAAAAAAAAAAUGUUUAAACAAUGAAUAUCAAAAAGAAAUGUCAAAAACAUUUGUUGAAAAAAAUGGAGAAGAAAUAAGUAGAAUAGAAAUGGGUGUAGAAAAUCAAUCAGAAAAUGUAAAUGGUUCAAAUAGUAUGAUGUAUAAUAAAAAAUAUAAUAAUGAAUAUACAAAUAUAUCCAAAAUAAAUGAUUUAUCAUUACCAAAUAAUUAUUUAAGUAAUAGCAUUGCAUCAAGUAUGAUAACUUCAAAAGAAAGUGAGUUAUGUUUUAUAAAAUAUUUAACAGUUUGUAAUUUUAAAAGUUAUGAAAAUGAAAAUAUCAUUGGACCUUUUUCAAAAUUUACAGCAAUUAUUGGACCGAAUGGAUCAGGAAAAUCAAAUAUCAUGGAUUGUAUUUGUUUUGUUUUAGGUAUUGAUAAUAAAUAUUUAAGAAUAAAAAAUUUAAGAAAAUUGAUAUAUCAUAAAGAAAAUGAAAAAAUAGAAAAUAUAUCAAAAAGAAUAUGUUAUGUUAAACUUACAAUUGAAAGCAAUAGUAAAGAAACAGUGGAAUUAAAAAGAACAUUAAAUUAUAGAGGUGUUAGUAACUUUUAUAUUAAUGAAAGGCUUGUUAAUCAAGAUGAAUAUACAAAUUUUUUGAGAAGAAAUAGAAUUGAAACCAAAACCAAAACUUGUCUAAUUUUUCAAGGGGAUAUUGAAGAAAUAAUAAAUAAAAAACCAACAGAAUUGUCUAAACUUUUUGAAUAUAUAAGUGGAUCAAAUGAAUAUGAACAAAUAUAUGAAGACAUUAAAGAAAGAUUAAAAGAAAAACAAAUUGCUUGUAAAAAUUUUUUAAAUGAAAAAAAAAAAAUCGAACAAGAAAUAAAAAUUCAUAAAAUGCAAAUGAAUGAAAAUAUAGAACAUAAUAAAAUUAAAGAAAGUUAUGAUAAUGAUAUAAAAAAUUUAUAUUUAUUUAGAUUAUAUCAUUUUUUAAAAAAAAAAGAAUUUUUUAAAGAACAGUUAGCUAUUUUUAAAGAUCAAAAAAUGGAAUUUGAACAAGAAGUUUUAAAUAAAAAUAAAGAUAUAGCUAAUGAUUUAGAAAGAAAAAAAAUUGAAAAAAAAAAAGAAUUUUUAAAAAUUGAUGAACAAAUAAAAAAUAAAAAAAUAAUUUUAAAUGAAUUAAAAAUUGAAAUAAAUGAAAUACAUGAAAAAAGAAAAUAUUGCCAGGAUAAUUUAAAUCAAAUUAUGGCGAAUGAAAAACUAAAACAAAUUAUGCAAACACAUUGUUCUAAAUUUAUUAAUGAUCUCAGUGGAAGGUUAAAUGAACAAAAUAAAAAAUUAGAAGAAGAAUAUAAAAAUAAAUUAAAAAUUUUUUUAAAAAUAUUUAAUCAAACAGAAGAAAUAAAAAAGUUUAUAAAAGAAAAUAAUAAAAAAAUUUAUGAUAAUUUAAUUAAAGACGAAAAAUGUGUAAAGGGAAAUAAAAAAUUAAAUUUUGAAAAAUAUAACAAUGAUGAAGAAUACAUAAAUAAUCUAAAUAUAAUUCAAUUUAUAGAAAAUUUAGAUGAAUAUAAAAAAAGUAAAGAAAAUUAUUUAUAUUUAUGUGCUAAUAGUAAUAUAAAUAUUAACAACUAUACAAGCCUUUGUUCAAAUUUAAAAAAAGACAUAAAAGAAUUACAAGAAGAGUGUGAUAAUAUUAACAGAAAAAAACAAAAAGAAUUAAUCGAUUUAGAAUCAGAAAAAUUUGCAUUUAAUGAAAUAUCUGAAAGGAUACAAAAAUUAAAUAAUUUAAUAGAACAAGAUAAAAAUAAAAUAGAAAAAAACAAAAUAAAUUUAAAAGAAAUGAAUAUAAAAAUUUUAGAAAAAGAAAAACAAAUUGAUAAUUUAGAAGAAGAAAUUAAUGUGUUAAAUAUACAUAAAAAAGAAUUGCUAUUUUUUGAUAAAAAAAAAGAUCUUAUUAAAAAUUUAAAAAAUAUAUUUGGGGAUAGUGAAAUAUAUGAUGAAAUAUCAAAUUUAUAUCAAGUUACAAAUCAAACAUAUUACACUGCUAUUAAUAAUAUAAUACAUAAAUAUAAUAAUUUUUUAUUAGUUAAAAAUUUAGAAACAUGUACAAAAUGUAUACAAUAUCUUAAAAAUAAUAAAAUGGAUCGAAUGGAUUUUAUUCCUUUUGAAAAUUUUAUAAAAAAUAUAGAAAAAAAAAAAAAAAAAAAAGGAAUAAAUGGAAAUAUAAAUGAAUAUCUACAUGAAGAACAUCAAAAUAAUUAUUCAGGAAAUAAACAAUAUUCUGACUUAAGUAUAAUAGAUAAAGUAAUAAAUACAUUUAAAAAAAAAAACAUUAUUAUUGCAAAUAAUUGUUUAGUAUGUGAUGAAAAUUACAAGUUACUAUUUGAUUAUAUUAUUGGGGAAGAUACUAUUAUUAUUGAAAAUUUUGAAGAUGCUGAACAAAUUAAAAGAAAAUUUCCACAAAUAAAUGUUAACAUGGUUACACAAAAUGGACAUAUAAUAUCUAAACAUAAUAAUUUAAUUAUAGAUAUAUGUUCAAAAUAUUCAAACCAAGAAAAAUAUAAUAACAAUAAAUUAAAUAUAAAUAUAUAUAACAAACUUUUAAAUAAAAAAGACGAAUGUAGAAAUAUGAUUAAUGAUUUAAAUAAAAAUAUAAUUGAAACAAAUGAAUUAAUAAAUAAACACACUAAUGAAUAUGAAUUAAAUAAAAAAAAAUAUUCAAGUAUAAUUGUAAAAAAAAAUAUUUUUGAAAAAGAAAUUGAAGCUAAGAAUAUGCUUAUUUGCACAUAUGAAAAUAAAAUUGAAAAAAUACAAAAUGGAGAAUUAAAAAAUAAAAGAAAUCUAUUAACAAAUUAUGAUGAAGAAUUAAUUCAGGAAAGAAAUAGUUUAUCAUCUUAUCAAAAAAAAGCAUUUGAAUCUUUAAAUAAUAAAUUAAAUGUAGCUAAUGUCUAUGAAAUUGUUGAACAUGGUAAUAAUGAAUUAGAAAAGGUUGAUGAAAAUAUAAUGCGAAUUAAAAAUAAUAUUAAAAAAUUAAAUGAUGAUAUUAAUGAAUUAAUGGAUAAAAAAAACGAAAUGAAUUCAUUUAAUAAAAAAGAAAACAAACAAAAUGAAAAUGCUACACAUGAAUUAGAAGGAUUAAAAGCAGAUGAAGAUAAAACUAAUAAAAAAAUGGACGAAAUUCAAAUUAAUAUUGAAGAAUUAGAAAAUAUUAAAAAAUAUAUACAUAAAAAUAUUAAUACCAUAAAUCAAGAAUUAAAUGAAUUACGAGAAAAUAUUAAUUCGAGUUUUGAAAAGCAUGAAUAUAUUGAAAAUAAAAUACAAAACUCUAAAAAAAAAAUGCAAAUAUAUCGACAAUUUAUUAAAGAUUUAUUAAAUGAAUGUGAUAUAAAUAAUAUAAAUAUUUUCGAAACAGCCAUUAUGUUAAAAGAUAAAGAAAAUGAUUAUCAUGAGGAUCCAUUUGAAAACAACUUAAACAAAAAAAUGAAACGAACAAAUAAUAAGAAAAUACAUAACAAAUCCAGAAGAAAAAGUAAACUGCUAGAAUACCCUAACUAUAGUGAUGUAAGUUCAAUAGAUGAAUCAGACAAAUCAGACAAAUCAGACAAAUCAAAUGACGUUUCUAAUUUUGGAAAUAUUUCAUUUGAUUUGAUUCCAGAAGAAUUAAAACGAUUAGAAAGUGAAAAUGAUAUAAAUAGAGAAAAAGAAAGGAUAGAAGAAGAAAUUGAAAAAAAAAAAAAAAUUUUAAAAAUAAAAAAUGUAAAUAAUAAUGCUGAAAAAGAAUAUGAUAAGUUAUUAACAAAAUUAAAAAUAGUUGAUACAAAUUUAAAUGAAGGAAGAAAAGAAUGUAAUUUAUUUGAAAGAAAUUUUAGAAUAUUACAAAAAAAGAGAUCAUAUAAAUUUUUACAUUGUUUUAAUUAUAUUAAAAAUGUUAUAGAUAAUGUAUAUAAUAAUUUGACAUAUAAUACAAAACACCAUGUAGGAGGGCAAGCAUUUUUGGAUUUAUGUAAUUAUAAUGAAUUUAAUAAAGAUGAUGAACCUUUUUAUUGUGGAAUUAAAUAUAAUAACAUGCCCCCUAUGAAACGUUAUUUUGAAAUAUCUGAACUCAGUGGUGGGGAAAAAAGUAUUAGUGCAUUAGCAUUAAUAUUUUCUAUCCAAAAAUAUAUCAAUAAUUCUUUUAUUAUUCUUGAUGAAGUAGAUGCAAAUAUGGAUCCUAUAAAAAUAACAUCUCUAACCCGAUAUCUUAAUUCGAUUAAUAGUCAAGUUAUUGUUAUUUCAUUAAAAGAUAAGUUUUUCAGUAAAAGUCAAACUCUUGUUGGUGUUUAUAAAAAUAAAAAUAAAAAAUGUUCAAAGACAAUCACUCUUGAUAUUAGCAAAUAUCGCCAAGACGCCAACUAG